AUGUCUCAACAAAUUUUGCUGCUUUUGCUAUUUUUCGCAAGUUUUUCCGAUUCUUGCGCACCGCCAGGCUUUGUUCAAAGCAACGAUCCGGCUCAGGUUGGAGCCAGAUGCUCGGAUUUGAUUUUGUAUCCAGUUUCAGCUGUUGAUCAGACAGAUCAAUACAGGUCUGAUUUAGCCUAACUUACUUUCCGUAAAACUUUAGAAAUUCUGAAUAUAGUUUGUUUUUUAGAUUUGACUACAGUGACGUGUCUUUUGGUAAUACGCAUGCUCAAGGAGCCACAGUUGCGAUAACUUGCACAACUGGCGGUCAAACUGCAACAGUUGAAGGAUAUGAUCAGGUGCGCAAGUUUGCUCUAUUUAUAACUAUCUGUUUUCAUCAUCUUUUCAAAAUUGUAUAGUUUUUUAACGAAAAAAAAUUGGAGAAUUUCGGUUGUCCCAGGUGAUGGUCAUUUUUGAAUGGCUAACUAGAAUAUUUCGAAAUGCAAUUAUUUCGGUUAGCUCAACUCUGAAAAUGAGCUAUAAAGCAACAAUUUUAAAAUACUCUUAAUUUUUGAAAAUUUUCGAUUUUUAGAAAUUGGCCAAGUCAUAAUUCAGUAUUGAAAAAUAGUCCUAACCUAUUCUAAUUUUCAGCAACGUGCUUCAAUCUCGGCAGCUCCUUCUCUACUCGCAACUUGCACAAAUGUUGGGGGAAGUCAAUACACAUGGACAAUUCUUGGUCGCAUACUUCAAUUCGUCGAUUGCCGUUUCUAA